CCAUAAGAAGCAGAAAACAAACCGGAAAGAUAGAAUCGGAAAACUCGAAAAGUUGUUUUUACAAGAAAGAGAAAGAGAGAGAGAGAGAGAGAGAGAGAGAGAGAAAUGGAGGAUUCUUCUUCGAGGAACUGCAAGCGAUCGGACGCAGGAUUUGAUGAAGAUGCCUGGGAUUCCUCAACGGCGGCCGUCAUCAGCUUCUCCAAGAAGAUGAAGAAGACCGAUGGCGAUGAUAAGCUGGAAUUCGCGGAAUUGAAAUUGAGCUCCUCUCUCUCCAAGAAUUCAGACGAGAUCCGCCGACGUUACUGCUCCUCAGCUGAGGGCAAGGCGGCUGUGCCGGCGACGUCGAAUUCAUCGUCAGCAGCUGGCCGUCUCCUCGUCGACGGCGAUUUCUGCUCAGCCGCUGCCGACUCCCACGCUCCCGGUGUCUGUUGCUUCAGCAAUGCCGAGUCGAGUGAGCUAGAUGUGAAGGAGAGCGAAUUCGGACCAGCAGAUCUAGAGGCCAAGAGCUACGAAACGGAAAGCUCCUCGACUUGCAUCAACAACAAACUCAGCAGAGAAGCCUCUCCUUCCAGUCAGUUCAGCGUAGACAGCUCAGAAGAAAAAGACAUGGCUGACUCGUCAACCAAGGCAGAAACAACAAUGAUGGAGAAGCCGAAGACAAUUACCACCGCCUCCUCCCAGAGCGCACCUCCUCCGGCUACCUCGACGGCGGCGUCAGAGGGGUCGGCUAAGGAGUCCCCGAGUCAGGAAGAACUCGACGAUUUCUUCACGGCGGCGGAGAACGAGAAGCAAAAACGAUUUGCAGAGAAGUACAACUUUGACGUUGUGAAGGAUGUGCCCUUGGAGGGUCGGUACCAGUGGGUUCGUUUGAAGCCAUGAUGAGGAAAACAAAAGAAACACCUAACCCCGUAAAAGAAAAAAAGAAGAAGGUGAAACCAAGAAAGAUUCUGGAGAGAGAAGUGGUGAGUAGCUAGAGAGAGAGAGAGAGAGGUAGCUGUAGCUAGCUCGAGGUAACUUUCUUUGCAGCAGAGGAAUAUUAUUUUUACUGUGAUCGUCCUUUCAGUAAUUAGGGUUUUAACCGUGGCCUUGUUGUUAACUUUUAGAUACUGAAGGGGGAAUAGGUAGAGCGGUAGGGAGGGGUCCAGUAAGCAAAAUUUGAGUAGUACUGUCUUUGUGUUGUUCGAAUUUGUACAGCUUUUCAAUCGCAAUUAAUUAGUAUUUAUAUUAUCCAUUUCAAACUGUGCUCAAAGGUAAUCUAAUUGUUUAGCCGGCUAUAAUUUCGGCUGUGUUGGAAUCUGUUAAGUUGCUUUGCAUCCGGCCCUUCCCUAUUCUGUGGCUAUAUCUGGUUAUCUUAUAUGCUAGCAGCUUGGGAGGAGAAUUUUGACUACAUGGCAGACUCUGUGUUGCAGAAUUGCACUUGCAGUCAGGCAUUGAUUGGUUUUUUUGUUCCUGUGUGUGAAAAGUGUCGUUUGUUUUAGAGCCUUUAAUAUUACAAUUUUUUUUUUUAAUUUGCAGUGUUUUUGGCCUCUUUCCUUUUGGUUGUUUCUCUAGUAGAAGCUUUUGCCCUCCUCUUCUUCCGUCUUCCCCCAUAUUAGUAUAGCUUUUUCUUUUCUCUCCCACCACCACUGUAACUAUUCCUUGUAUCGUUUUACUUUACCUUCUCUUUCGCUUGUUUGUCAGCUCCAAUUUGGAAUAUUCUCCCCACAUAUCAUGUUAUGAUUGUUUUGGGCAAUAUCGGUACUAGCACUAGUGUGUGUGUGUAUG